AUGGUGAGACUAAGUCCCGAAUAUAUCGAGAAAAAAUGUUCUCAGGCACAAUUAAAUAAAUCCUGCAGCAAGAAAGUAAAAAAACGAGAAUUAUACAGCACAACUCAUUUGCGUAUGAAUAAUAUGUUUAUAAGCAGCAUUGGUAAUAUUGCUGAUUAUAAAAACUUAAAAGUAAUAUAUUUACAAAAUAAUCAUAUAUCAGCUAUAGAAAAUUUGCACUUUGCAUCCAACUUGACUCAUCUCUAUCUGCAGCACAACGUGAUCAGAAAAAUAGAAAAUUUAGAGUCCCUUGAAAACCUUCAAACUCUCUAUUUGGCAUACAACAAUAUAGUUGUAGUGGAAGGACUCGAAUAUUUGAAAAACUUAACUACACUAGACAUACAGAAUCAAAAUCUGAGUCUUGGUGAAACGUUGUGUUUUGAUCCACGAAGUAUAGACACUUUAUCUACUUCCUUGCAAGUACUGAAUGUUUCUGGUAAUAAAAUGACAUCUCUGAAGGAUAUCAAGAACUUACACAAGUUAGAAAUUUUAGAUGCUAGAAAGAACUUAUUGGAUGAUAUUGAAGAUCUAACUGAAAUUAUAAGUGCCUUAAUUUCUUUAAAAGACUUAUCUCUGCAAGGCAAUCCUGUAACUCAGCAUUACAGAUACAAAGAAAAUCUUAUUGCCAAUAAUGAUACCAUAAGCAAUUUCAAUGGCAAAACAAUAACAGAUGUAUGUCGAUGUUUUAUGAAAAAGUUCAAAAUAGAGAAGCAUCUUUACCGUAACAAAAAGUCUUCUAGGGCUACAUUAGACGAAGAUAUUACAAGCUCACUGAACCUACCGCCCGCGCUGAAGAAAUCAAUAUCCAGAGCAAUGUUUCAACACUCUGGUCCAAAAUUAUCUAUCACUAUUUCCUCAGCUAUUUGUGACAUGCAACCACAAAUAUUUCCAGCUUGGAAAACAGCGCCAGGUACAAAAUCUGUAAGACAUGGUCAUAUUACACCAAGGCCAUUCUGGAGUAAUGUUACUAAGAAGACCAAGCAGCCUCAUGUUGUGCGAUCAUUGAUAAAGAGCAAAGCUAUUAAAUUACCACCGAUUACACCAUCUUCCAACAUAUAAUAAAAGAACAAUGUUUUUGUGUAACAUUCAAUACAUUUGUCCUUA